UAAAACUGUCUGUACUUUAUCAUUAUUAUUUAAAAUGUUAAUCAUUUUAGUUUUUCUUGAUUUCACAAGUAGGUAACAUGUUUAGAUUUACAGCCAAUCUAUAGCGGACUGUGUGAAAAUGGAGUAAAAAUAGAAAAAUUUGCAAUUAAAAGGUGAUGGAUUCGGGAAAAGCACAAAAUCUCAGCGACGGCGAACGCUAUGUGAUAGCUUUACAUACACUUUUUGCUUUAUCUGCAAUCACAAGCUACAAAAAGUGGAAAAUAUUAAAUGAAGUUAAAUCCGCGGGAAAAUUUGAUGAUCUCGUAUUUGAAUCAAAUAAAAAGUGUAUGUUGUUACAAGCAAAAGUUCACAGUGGUCAAACGUGCACAAAACAUUUUAUGGCAAUCAAAGGUGAUUUCAGUAUUGCAAAGUAUUUUCUGUCUUAUGUAACUGCAAAGAAAUAUUUUAAAAUAACAAGCAACUCCUUAAUACUAUGUACUGCUGCUAAGCUGAAUGUGGCUGAUAUUAUGGAUGAAUUUGGUCCCAAGACAAAAAAUUUAGCUGAUGAAAACUUACAGAAAAUAUUUGGUACGGAGACAAAAAAGUACAAAAUUAAAAAUGAAGAAGAAAUGGUUGACAAGCUUCUAAGCACGAUAGAAAAAUUUCAAAAUAAUAUUAGUAAUAAGGAAACCGAAAAAGACAAAAAAGAAUGGAAGGAAUUGGAUAUCAAUAGAGAAGACAUAAAAUCAUUCAUAUGUUUUUUUGUUGUUGUUAAAAUUAAACUCACGAGCAUCAAAUCGUUAAUUAAAAGCAAAUUAAGCGAGCUCAAUGACUAUCUGAAGUUUAAACCUUCAUAUUACGAAUAUGUAAAACAUCAUGUAGAAGAGUGGUCUUAUUCACCAAUUAACAAGUCUGUGCCUAUGACAGAAGACUAUUUAAUGUUUAUUAUCUAUGGUGAAAAUAAUCGACUUUUUCUUCAUAAGUUUGUUAAUUCUAAACUUAAGUUCAAAGAAGCAAAUUUAUAUAAAUUUGAUUCAAAUAUUAUUUGUGUUCAAACGCAUGAUAAUAUCACUAUGCAUUUACUAAAAAUUUUCCGGAGCAUUGAAAAUGCAAACGGGUCAUAUUUACCUAUAGAAGAAAACACAUUAUGCUUGAUGCAAAAAAUAGAAAAUACAUUUCAUAAAAUGAAAUAUACAAUGGAAUAUAAAGUUGUAUGUGAUAUGAUAGACACAUUUAGAUGUGACAAAAUUAAAUACUUAGUUGUUUCGUUUCUAUCAAUGGAUGAAGAUAAAUCAUUAGAAUUAUAUGAGAAAAUAUGUACGAUUACUAAGGAAGAUCCAACUAAAAAAGUAUUUAUAGUCAUUAAAGAACAUCAGUUGCAAAAUAGUGAAAUAUCAGUUAAAAUAAUUAAGGAUAAAAUAUAUUUCAGUUCGCUAGAAAAUGAAACAAAAGAACACAUAUUUGACAAAGAAAUUCACUUUCAAGGAGAAAUUGUCACAUUAAGAAAGUUAAUUACUAAAAAGGAAAGUAUUGACUCUGAACUUGAGUUCAGAGUUCAGAUUAAUGAAAUUGAGAUAGAUGAGAGUCUUAAAGAAAUAAUAUUUAGCGAAGAUAAUUACUCGAUUGGUUCUCAAGCCCAAUCAAAACCUGAGGAAUUAUAUGUUAAAAGAAAGCUGAUCUUCAAUGCUAAUUCACUAAAUUUACAGAAAAGCAUAAAUAAUGUUGAAAGAACUAUAACAAUACUGACUGACUCUGACUCUGACUCAUACGAUCAUAUAAGGACAGAUGUAUUUCGGGAAAAGGAGUUUUUCGAAAAAAUACAUAAAAAUAUAGUUGUUGUUACAGGUCCGCCUGGUGCAGGCAAAACAACUUUAUUGAAACAAAUAGUAUCACUCAAAAAAACCCAAGACAAAGGAGACAAAAAAGACAAAAAAGAUAAAGAUAAAGAAGAUUCCAAAUUGACAUGGAUAAUUAACGUUGAUUUAAAAAAGUCUAAACAAUUUUUCCAGAAGGAUAGCGAGAAAACCCUGUGUAAUCUAUUAUAUCACAAUGAAAAUAUAACUCAUUAUUUCGAAGAAAAACUUAUGGAGUCAAUGGAUAAAAUGUUAAUUAUAGACGGCCUUGACGAGAACUGUCCGGAAGAUAUCAAAGAAAUACAAAACGUAUUAGCAGAUCAUAAUGCCCUUCAGGCCUUGAAUAUUUCCAUGGUUAUUAUGGGCGCCAGAGAAUACGAUUUCAUCUUAAAAGAAAUAAUAGAUUUACAUAGUUGUGAGAUAGUUAGACUCCUUCCAUUUUCACGUAGAGAUGGAGAAUUUUUCCUCAAAGAAUAUCUUAAAAUUAAUAUUAAAAAUGCUUUAUUUAAAAAGGUAAAGAAUUUUGCUAUUGAAUUUUCACAAUCGAUUUCUUCAACGCCAUUAUCGCUAAAAAUGAUUUCUAAAAUAAUAAAAAAUAGCAUACGUAAAGGUGACUCUAUGGAAUCUUUAUCAAAGGUUUUUAAUCGUUUUUCUAACCGAUAUUAUUUUUAUAAUUGUUAUUUAGAAGCGAUCAAAGACGAAUUUGCACAAGGUGACAAUAUCUACCGUCAAGCGUUUGACAGGUAUAUAGACUCGUUAAAAAAUUUAGCGGCUAAUAAUUCGUUUUAUCAUCGCAAAAUUUUAAGUUUGCUCAAUGUUGAUGCUAGUCUUGAAAUUAACAAAGAUGUUUUAAAUGUUGGCUUAUUAAAGGACUCAUAUUACUCGUAUAAUAAAGGUUAUGCAUUUGUUCAUAAAAGUUUUGAGGAAUAUUUUGCAGCAGAAUUGCUAUGGGAUUACCUAUAUAAAAAGAGACAUAACCACGAUUUAUUACUCGAAGUGCUUAAUGAAGUGUUUCUAUCCUAUACAUAUAGGGGUGUUUCGGAUUUUUUUGAACAAAUUUUGGAGGUUAAUCAAAAUAAAAAAGUAUCUGAAAUAUCUAUGGAAUACAAUUCGGCACUUACUAAGGUGUAUUGGAAACAAGAUAUAUCACGGUUAUAUGGGACAUACUUUUUUACUGUUAAAUUAGUUUUUGAUAAUUAUACUAAUUUUUACGAUAUUUUAAAAUCAGACAAUUGGAAAAUAAUAGAAAUAUCUUUAAACAGCGAACGCAAUCGCCAAUCUUUCGCCAAUUUUUUUGUAGAAACGGGGGCAAAGGUCAAUAAAGUCAAUGAAAUCGGUUUUAUUAUUCUAAAGCUGCUGUUAUAUUAUAACAGUUGGUGCUUUAAACACGUCUACGGGAACAUGUCGUACUACAAUUUCGGUUACAGCGACAUGUCCGACGACGACUUCGAGUCCCACUCAGCUAAUUCUUGUAUACACAACCACGAAUAUGCGAUGGAUUUUCUAAAAAUUUUAACUAGAAAAUACAAUAUAGAUUUAAACUUUUUUGAUGAGGAUGGAAAUACAAUCGGUCACUACGCAGCUCGCUCUAAAUCACUUAAUGCUAUAAAAUAUCUUAAAGAGCAAGGGGCAAAUCUAAGCAUUUCUAACAGAAAAAAACUAACACUUGUUCAUAUAGCUGCUCAAUCUGGUGAUUUGGAAGUCCUACGAUAUUUAGUAGAAGAUUGUAAAUUGGAUGUUAACGUUUCUGAUGUUGAUGGGAAUUUUGCGGUUCAUAUGAUAGAUAUAAGAGAUUGUAAUGUUAAGAUUUUAAAGUAUCUAAAAGUAAAAGGGGCAAAUCUAAGCAUUUCCAACAAGGAUAAACGUACACUUAUUCAUGAAGCUGCUCGAAAUGGCGCAUUCGAAGUCAUACGAUAUUUAGUAGAAGAUUGUAAAAUGGAUGUUAACGUUUCUGAUGUUGAUGGGAAUUCACCCGUUUAUUUAGUAAAAACCUUAGAUAGUAAUAUUAAGAUUUUAAAGUAUUUUAAAGAAAAAGGGGCAAAUCUAAGCCUUUCCAACAUGUAUAAACGUACACUUAUUCAUGAUGCUGCUCGAAAUGGCGCAUUCGAAGUCAUACGAUAUUUAGUAGAAGAUUGUAAAAUGGAUGUUAACGUUUCUGAUAUUGAUGGGAAUUUACCGGUUCAUAUGAUAAAAAUGAGAGAUGAUAAUGUUAAGAUUUUUAAGUAUCUUAAAGAAAAAGGGACAAAUCUAAGCAUUUCGAACAAGAAAAAACGUACACUUGUUCAUAUAGCUGCUCGACAGGGUGCAUUCGAAGUCCUACGAUAUUUAGUAGAAGAUUGUAAAAUGGAUGUUAACGUUCCUGAUGUGGAUGGAAAUUUACCGGCUCAUAUGGCAGCUGAAUUUGGUAAGGUUGAGAUUUUAAAGUAUCUUAAUAAAAAAGGGGCAAAUCUAAGCAUUUUUAACAAUCAAAAACAGACACUUGUUCAUAAAGCUGCUCAAUCCGGUGUAUUGGAAGUCCUACAAUAUCUAGUAGAAGAUUGUAAACUGGAUGUUAACGUUUCUGAUAUUGAUGGGAACUUACCGGUUCAUAUGAUGUAUGUGACAGAUUAUGAUAUCAAAUUUUUAAAGUAUCUUAAAGAAAAAGGUGCAAAUCUAUGCAUUUCCAACAAUCAAAAACAAACACUUGUUCAUAAAGCUGUUAAAUCUGGUGGUUUGAAAGUCCUACGAUAUCUAGUAGAAGAUUGUAAACUGGAUGUCAACGUUUCUGAUGUUGAUGGAAAUUUACCGGCUCAUAGGGCAGCUGAACUUGGUUACGUUGAGACUUUAAAGUAUCUUAAAGAUAAAGGGGCAAAUCUAAGCAUUUCCAACAAUCAAAAUCAAACACUUGUUCAUAAAGCUGUGGAAUCUGGUGGUUUGAAAGUCCUACGAUAUCUAGUAGAAGAUUGUAAACUGGAUGUCAACGUUUCCGAUGUUGAUGGAAAUUUACCGGCUCAUAAGGCAGCGGAACUUGGUUACGUUGAGACUUUAAAGUAUCUUAAAGGUAAAGGGGCAAAUCUAAGCAUUUCCAACAAUCAGAAACAGACACUUGUUUAUAAAGCUACUCAAUCUGGUGAUUUGGAAGUCCUAAAAUAUCUAGUAGAAGAUUGUAAAAUGGAUGUUAACGUUUCUGAUGUUAAUGGAAAUUUACCAGUUCAUAUGGCAGUUGAAUUUAGUGACGUCGAGAUUUUAAAGUAUCUUAAAGAAAAAGGGGCAAACCUAAGCGUUUCAAACAAUCAAAAACAUACACUUGUUCAUAAAGCUGCUCAAUCUGGUUAUUUGGAAGUCCUACAAUAUUUAGUAGAGGAUUGUAAAAUGGAUGUGAACGUUUCUGAUGUUGAUGGGAAUUUACCGGUUCAUAUGGUGUAUAUGGGAGAUUAUAAUGUUAAGAUUUUAAAGUAUCUUAAAGAUCAAGGGGCAUUUCUAUACAUGUCCAAGAAAACACGACAUACAUUUUUUCAUAAAGCUGCUCAAUCUGGUAAAUUCGAAUUCCUACAAUACUUAGAAGAACAUUGUCCAAUGUAUGUUGACGUUUUUGAUGAUAAUGGUAAUUUACCGGUUCGUGUCAUAAAUUUUAAUGUUAAGAUUUUAAAGUAUCUUAAAGAUAAAGGGGCACAUCUAUGCAUUUCCAAUAAUCAUAAACAUACACUUAUUCAUAAAGCUGCUCAAUCUGGUGAUUUGGAAGUCCUACAGUAUCUAGUAGAAGAAUGUAAAAUGAAUGUUAACGUUUCUGAUGUGGAUGGGAAUUUACCGGCUCAUUUGGCAGCAUCUCGGAAUAAAGUUGAGAUUUUAAAGUAUCUUAAAAUAAUUGGAAAUGAUUUAAAUCAAUGUAGCCAUCAAGGAGCGACUUUAGUGGACAUUGCAGUAGCAGCUGGUGCAGUUAAUGUUCUAAAUUUUCUUAAAAAUGAAUGUAAAUUUUCUGUAAAUUUAGACUUAUAAUCCAAGGAAAUAAGCAAGAAUUAGACCAUGUUCGGGACAUUCAAAUAUCCAGGCAGCUAACUACUUUUUUUAGUUAUUUUAGACCUAUAGAAAGAAAACCUACCUAUUUCCUGCCUAGAGUUCGACUCCCUUUUUAAUUAUUAACAAUUUAGUGCAAAAAUCCUAAUUUUUUAGAUUUUUUUGCACCCCAUUAAAAUCUAAAUAGUUGAGAUAAAACUACAAAAUGUAAUUUUUUACAUUUACAAUCAGGACAUGAGUCGAAAAUCAAAUUACAGCCUGGAGAACAAACUUCUGAUUUAUAAAUGCAUUUUAAAACCAGUAUGGCUAUAUGCAGCACAAAUAUGGGCAACAGCAAGUAACACCAUUAUUCAAAAAUUUCAACCAUUCCACUCAAAAGUAUUGCGCCAAAGUAUAUAAAAUGUAUAAUAAUAUGUCUGAAUUGCCGAUAUAAAUGAGUCAGAUUGAAUUAAAUUAUUAGAAGAAUGUUUUACUAAGCAACAACGAAUUUAUUAAUAUUUUGUAUUUUGACAACGACGUCCGAUGUGGACGUCGAAACCUUAAUAAAAACCAUUUUUAGUUAAAUUGUGGCUUAUUUCCCAUUUAGAGUAGCUAAUUACGAAAAUGCUACAAAGAAAUAGCUUCAGAACAACACUAUUAUAGUUAAUUAGAUUACCUAUCUAGAUGGGUAUUUUAGUUAGGUAGUACCAAAAAUAAAUAAAAUGUAUUUUGUGGUACAUGACUCAAAAAGAUUGAGAACCACUGGUCUAAAAAUCGAACAUUUUUAUUCGUGUUCGUAAUCCAAAAUAUAACCAAAAUGCCAUGGAAAUUUUUCUAUUAUGUAGUUUCAAUAUUUUGAGAUUGCUUUUUUAGUCUCUCAGACCGUUUAGUUAUUUAUACUGAAAUCUUAAAGUGUACUGUUAUUACUGAAUGUGCUUUCUAUAUUCCUAACACCAACUAUCACAGAAAAACUUUGUCAACUAUAUCUUAAUUUUUUAAACGCUUUUCUUUAGUUCAAUCGUUUGUGUCAAACCCUUAGACGUUAAAUUGACUGCCUUUUCCUCAAUGCAAAUAAAUGAAAAUUUGCAGACAUAUGCAUUCGCGAGAACAAUGCACGAAUAGUCAAUAAUUUUUUUAUGUUUAUUAAUUAAACGAUUAUGUUUAUUAAUUAAACGAAUUAAAAAAGCGAUUUUAAUGGAAAAUGCUUAAAUUCCUUUUUUUUACAAUGAAGAAACUUGAAACUUUUACAGAUUGUAGCUAAUUAUAUGAACUAUACAUAAUGUCACUUUUUUCGUUAAUUGUUUACGUUAUGCUUCAUAAAUAAACAAUAAAAUUUCAAAUUUUUUGCUGAUUCCAACUACUUUUCAUGUUUUUUACAUAAUAUGUUUUAUACAGUGUGUCAAUUUGAAAAGUUGCCACCCCCUAUAACUUGGUCCCUAUAGAAAAUCUAAAAAUAUGCAAAACCCGUCAAAUUUAUUUGUGAGGGGACAUUUUGUAUACCAGUUUUCAACUAAAUUACAUCAACCCCAUAGCGGGGGCGGACACAACCCCCAAAAUCCUUAAUGGAAAGGGGGGUUGAGUGAUACCCCAUUUUGAAGUCAUUAAAUUACCUUUUCAAAACUACCCAAUGCUUUAUAUUUCUUUUCAGUACUUUUGGAAAAAUCUUGGACUCUAUACUCUAUAUACUCUAAAACUCUAAUACUCUAAAAAAUGUUGCAGUUCUGAACUCUAUACUUAAUAUCUUUACGGUUUUACUUGAUUUUUCCAAAAAUACUUCAAAAAAAUACUCUAAAUACUUCAACACCCCAAAAAAUCCAAUUUGGAGUUCAAUACUCCAAAAAUUUUUGGAGUUCUGAACUCGAUAUUUAUUAAAAUUAUUAAUUAUAAAAAAAUUAAAAUUACUGAAAAGAAAUAUAAUGUAUGUGGUAUUUUCGAAAAGGUAAUCGAACGUCCUUGAAAAUGAGGUAUCACUCAACCCCCUU